AUAACAGAUAACACUAAACCGGGGGAAGAACAAAUACGUAAUUUAAACCCCCCAAAAAAUUUCAACCGAGACUAACCGAAGAGCUCAGCGCUGCGAAUCGACUCGCCAUGAGUGGAUUCAAGCUGGUGAACACAGCGCGGCAUUCAAUCACCGUCUCUAAGCGGAAGCGAUCUUCGAUUCCGGAACCAUCGGUGGACCUAUACGGGAAAUCGAACAAUCACGAGUCAGUACCCCGACCACUGGGACCCCAAACCCUAAAACCCCAACGUUCUCGUGCGCCGGAGUUCAGCCGGCGUAUCUGUAAAUCUGAAUGGCCUAGUAAGUCUUCUCGCCGGCGUCGAAUGGUAAGAAAGGAGAGGAUCUCGAGUUCCGCUGAGCGCCAAUGGGUGUUUUCCGCAAGCAAUUUUAGAAAACUCAAAGAUAAAGUAGUUUUAGUUUCGUACAAUAUACUUGGUGUUGACAAUGCGUCAAACCACAUGGAUCUGUAUUACAACCUUCCGCCACAACACUUAGAGUGGAAUAGACGGAAACAUCUCAUAUGCAAGGAGAUUAGUCGCUAUAAUGCAAGCAUCUUAUGCCUUCAGGCAAGCAAUGAGGUUGACCGCUUUGAUGAUCUAGAUAGUCUUCUUAAACUUAGGGGCUUUCAAGGUGUUCACAAGAGGCGGACUGGAGAAGCGAGUGAUGGUUGUUCUAUAUUCUGGAAAGAGAAACUAUUUAAACUUCUACACCAUGAAGAAAUAGAGUUUGAUAGAUUUGGCCUGCGAAACAAUGUUGCUCAACUUUGUGUUUUAGAGAUGAUCUGUGAGGACCCAAAAUCUAAAGUAUGCGCGCAAUCUUCAGAGCAAACAUCUACAAGUCCUCGAAGGCUAGUGGUUGGAAACAUACAUGUCCUGUUCAAUCCUAAGCGUGGGGAUAUCAAGCUUGGCCAGGUGAGACACUUUCUGGAGAGGGCUUACAAGCUAUCACAGGAAUGGGGAAAUAUUCCAGUGGCAAUCGCAGGGGAUCUGAAUAGCACUCCAAAGAGCGCAAUCUAUGAUUUCGUAGCUUCAGCUGAUUUGGAUACACAACUGCACGACCGUAGGCAAAUUUCUGGUCAGUCUGAAAUUGAUACAAAGGAGAGGUCAUUUAGAAACCGUUAUGCAGUUAGAGCUGCGGUAUCCAUCUCCGGAUCACAAACCAAUGAAUGGAGCCAGGAAGAACUACAGCUUGCAACUGGUGGUCAAGUAACUACUCAUGUCCAACAUCAACUGAACCUUACCAGCGCAUAUACUGGAGUUCCUGGUGCCCAUAGAACGAGAGAUCAAUGCGGUGAACCUUUGGCAACAACGUAUCAUUCCAGGUUCCUAGGAACUGUUGAUUAUAUAUGGCACACCAAGGAACUUGUUCCUGUGAGGGUUCUUGAAACCUUGUCAACUGAUGUUUUGAGAAGAACAGGUGGACUACCAAGUGAGAAAUGGGGAAGCGACCAUCUCGCUAUUGCAUGUGAACUUGGCUUUGUCAGUGAGUGAUAGACCAACGGCUUAAACAUUGAAAAGCCCUAGUAACGUAGCCACCUGACUUCGUCAUCUGUUAAGGUUUUUGAAUGCUUAUAUGCUGCUCAUGGAGUUUUGAAACAGCUUCGGUUGAAAUUGUAACAAGUUUUGGGCUAAGCACCGAAAACAUAGAUUUUCUUACUGGAAACUGUUUUAUUUGUUACACACGCUUUUGUUGGUAAGCACCAAAUGUUUAGUCAACAUCUUUACCAAAUGUUCUGCUUUUUAGAUGUAAAUACCAAAUUCCUAUGUUUUCCGACGUGUACCUAUGAGGAGCCAGGACCCAUUUUGCUACAAUAAGGAAGCAAUCUAAGAGACGUUACGUAAAAAGUUUAUCAAUUAGGCUCUUCUUAUGUGUGAUCUUAUGCGAAUACAUCAAUCAAUGACCAUACGGUAUUGUGGAAAAGAGUCGUAAGCAAUUUCGCAAGUGUAGGAACGACAUGGGUGACGCAGAUAGUCCAUUCACAUCUAUUUAAAUCAUUCUGUCUUCUCUUUAGCUUCACCAGCAUUCCGGCCAAAAAAGAAAGAUCACUGUAAAAAAGCACAUUAUGACAGUCAACCAGGAAAAGAACGUUCCGACAAAAACCCAUGUCUUGAUCUUCCCAUUCCCAGCGCAAGGCCACAUGAUCCCCCUCUUUGAUUUCACUAACCACCUCGCUUUACGUGGCGGCUCCGCCUUAACUAUUACCGUCUUAGUCACAUCUAAGAACCUUCCCUUUCUCUCUCCUCUUCUCUCCGCCGGAGAUAACAUCGAAACUCUCAUCCUCCCUUUUCCCUCUCACCCUUCAAUCCCCUCCGGCGUCGAAAACGUCCAAGACUUACCUCCUUCAGGUUUCCCUACCAUGAUCCACGCGCUUGGUAGCCUCCACGCGCCGCUUCUCUCUUGGAUUACUUCUCACCGUUGUCCUCAUGUAGCCAUCGUCUCUGAUUUCUUCCUUGGCUGGACCCAACAUCUCGGAAUCCCUCGCUUCGAAUUUUCCCCUUCUGCUGCUAUCACUUGCUGCAUCCUCAAUACUCUCUGGAUCGAGAUGCCCACCAAGGAAAACGGCGAUGACGAUGACGAGAUCCUCGAGUUUCCGAAUAUCCCCAAUUGUCCAAAAUAACCUUGGUCUCACAUCUCCUCAAUCUACCGGAGUUACGUUCACGGAGAUCCAGCUUGGAAAUUCAUAAGAGACGCCUUCAGAGAUAACGCGGCAAGUUGGGGACUCGUCGUGAACUCUUUCUCGGCCAUGGAAAGUGUUUAUCUCGAGCAUCUUAAGCUAGAGAUGGGCCACAGCCGUGUAUGGGCUGUUGGCCCACUUCUUCCUGUAUCCGAGGGUAAUCGUGGUGGCUUGACCUCAGUUUCUAUCGACCAUUUGAUGUCGUGGCUAGACGCACGUGCGGAUGACCAAGUGGUGUACGUGUGCUUCGGAAGUCAAGUUGUGUUGACCAAGGACCAGACCCUUGUUCUCGCCUCUGCGCUUGAGAAAAGCGGCGUCCAUUUCGUGUGGGUCGUCAAGGAGCCAGUCGAGGAAGACUCGACACAUGGCAACAUCCUAGAUGGCUUCGACAAUCGUGUGGCUGGGAGAGGUUUGAUAAUCAGAGGAUGGGCUCCACAAGUGGCUGUGCUCCAGCACCAAGCCGUGGGAGUGUUUCUAACGCACUGCGGUUGGAACUCCGUAGUGGAGGCAGUGGUCGCAGGCGUUCUGAUGCUGACAUGGCCAAUGCAAGUAGACCAGUACACAGACGCGACUCUGGUGGUCGACGAAUUGAGAGUGGGCGUUCGUGCCUGUGAGGGACCUGAUACUGUAUUGGGCCGUAUAUGUUUAUAUAUAUUGGGCCACAUAAUUUGUUGUUCCGAUUAGGUCGUAUGUAACAUGUAUAUAAAGCGUUGGUCAUUGAGCCGUAAACAAUAAGAAACCUAAUUACAACUUCUAAGUUUCUUGACAUGGUAUCAGCGCUUAUCCUAACUACUUCAAGGAUUUAAGCCUUCGAUCUUGAGAUCUCCAAUUUUCCGCUAAGAGAUCUUUUCUUUAUUUAUUUCUUAUCUUUAUAUUGACCUCAAUUUGUUGAUCUUCUUUCAACAAAUUCUCUUUGAACAAUGAGUACCCAAUCAGCCAUUGUCACUUCGACGUCGUAAUCUUCGAUGUCACAGUCAAGGCGUACGAUUUCUCCUUAUGAUCUGUCUUCCGGUGACAAUCCGGGAACACUGAUCUCUAAACUGCUGUUGCGUGGACCUAACUACGAUGAAUGGUCCAUCAACCUUCG